AUGCUGCGCAGUACAUCUGCGUGGGAGAGACCGACGUGGCAUGGAAACGGGUGCGUUAACAGUCUGAUGUUGACGGGCCAGCUCUUAAAUGACUGGAAUGAAAUUGUCAGGACAAGUUGUGAAAAACUGAAGAUCACACGCAAGCUGGUGGAUGGUCUUCGUAAUCAUUUUCGACUUAUCCCAAAUAGCGUAAACAAGGUCGAGGCCAGGGAGGAUGUCGUUCCGAAGUCAGAGGGUUUUGCCUUGCAGUUAAACAACGGAGAACAUAGCUCUGCUGCUGCUGCUUCCCCUGCUCCUGCUCCAUCUACUUCCGCUGCUGCUGCUGCUUCUCCUGCUCCUGCUCCAGCUACUUCCGCUGCUGCUGCUGCUGCUGCUCCCCCUCCUCCUCCAUUGCCGCAGCCUCCACCUUCAACGCCGCCGCCGCCGCCGCCACCACCACCACUACCACCACCAUACGGCGACCCGAUAGCUCAGUCGCACAACACCACGACGUACCACCACCACCAUCACAAACACCACUACUACUACAACCACCACCACAAACACCACCACAAACAACCUCCAACUACCAUACCACCACCAACCCACAACACCAGGCCACCACAGCACAACACCAAACGAGACCCACCCCAACACACCACAACACCACCACGCACAAACAUAACACCCACCCGCCAAUCACCCCACGAAGACCCCACACCCACAACCCCAAAACGACACCCCACCCACCCUACCCACACUACAACACCCACGACCACUACCACCACCACCACCAACCCACGCCCCCACCACACCACCCACAGACAGACACCACCAUCCAAACAACACCAGACCACACCACACAACACAACCGACCACCCUCACACAACACCCAGACACUACACACACCACAACAAACCACGUACAACUCACCACGCUCACAACACCCAGAAACCACCACCAACAAACACACAUCGGACGACCACAAACACAACCAGAUCAACACAAGCACAAAACACCACAGCACCACCAGCACAAACACCAAUGCUCACACAGAAACAGCCAGCUACCACCACCAUCACAAACACACUACUAUACCACCACCAUCACAACACCACUAUACGACACACCACCAUGCACAAAACGCCACGAACUACCACCAGAAAAACACACCACUACUACUACCACCAUCACAAAACCACCCACACCGAUAUACCACCACAUCACAAACACCAACCAAGAGGUACCAACACAUCACAAAACACCACCAAGCAGACCACCACCAUAAAACACAAACCACAAUUACCACCCAAUCACAACACCUCAACUACUACCACCACCAUCACAAAACUACUAUACUACCACACCAGCACAAAACACAGCCACCACCACCAUCACCAACAACACGACGACGACCACACAAAAGCAAAACACCAUGACUAA